AACAAUUUCGCUAAUCACCUGCCUUGUGCUGGGUGCACUCUCAGUGAUGACUCAGACAGACACACAGACACACACUCACUCUCUGUCAUCCCAAGACCUAAGCAUCGCUUCAACUUUAGGAAAUAUACUCUGUUGAAUAUACAUACUUCUGCAGCUAAUAUUUUUCCCUCAGGUGUGUAAAAAGAGCACAGAAAAAUGUUUCCUAUAUUUUGGAUCCUCCUCCUUCUUCCUCUGGUCUCCGCCCAGACAUACCAUUGGGGUCCAUGCCCCACCCCCAGUGUCCAGCCCAACUUCAGCCUGCAGCAGUACCUGGGCACGUGGUAUGAGAUAGCGAAACUUCCAGCAUCCUUUGAGAGAGGGAAAUGCAUCCAGGCCGAUUACACUCUGAGGGGAGACGGCACCAUCCGAGUCCUCAACUCCCAGUUCUAUAAAGGUAAGGUGCGGACUGUGGAGGGGACAGCAGUGGUCCAGGACCCAAAAAAACCAGCCAAACUGGGAGUCAGCUUCUCCUACUUCACUCCCUACAGUCCGUACUGGGUGCUGAGUACAGACUAUGUGAGUGGAGCGGUGGUGUACAGCUGUACUGACGUGUUGAGGAUUUUCCAUGUCGACUACGCCUGGAUCCUGGGACGUUCCCGCUUCUUGCCCGCAGAGGAAGUAGAGUACGCCAGGCAGCUGCUGGCUAAAGAAAACAUUGACACCUUCAAGAUGAGGGUUACUGACCAAACAGGCUGCGACUAGAUGGAGGUUUAGAGGUCAGCGGUUAGGGUUGUAGGGUUAAAGGGUUAUCUAUGUGUCCACUUCCCUAGUCCUAACCCCUAGACACUUCUCCCUCUACUCCCAAUGCUCUAUCCACAUGUCAUUUGAGCCCUACCUCUAUAGAUACAGACAGAAAUACGACCAUCACAUACUAGACCUAGUGUCCACCUCUCGUGUCUAAUUAAGCAAUAAGGCACGAGGGGGUGUGGUAUAUUGCAUGACGCAUCUGGAGUGCCUGGACACAGCCCUUAGCCGUGGUAUAUUGGCCAUGUACCACAAACCCCCGAGGUGCCUUAUUGAUAUUAUAAACUGGUUACCAACAUAAUUAGAGCAGUAAAAAUAAAUGUUUUGUCAUACCCGUGGUAUACGGUCUGAUAUACCUUGGCAGUCAGCCAAUCAGCAUUCAGGGCUCAAACCACCCAUUUUAUAAUAGUUUAUAUACACUGACAGUUGGUCUUAUAAUCUUAUCAUCCAACAUACCUACCAUCUCAUUUAGACUAUCUAUCACAUGUAUUUUAUAUUUAGAGACUUUAUAGUCUGUAGUUGGAGAUCUGUUAGUUUAUAAGGUAGUUUGAAUUAUUAAAUGUCUAGCUAUGUAACAAUGGUGACGGUUUCUUCAUGGGAUGAAUAGAAUGCUGACAGCAUGAGUCAGUUCUCUGAGGGUUGGGCACGGUUCCUAUAGGGGCAAACACACACACACGCAGUAUCCUCAUCAUAGAAAGAUGUUCACAGGUAAGGGAACUGGAGGAACAGGUUUAGCUGUAAAGGUUUCAUGUAGUCUGUAUAUUAGUAAUUAAAGUUUUGUUUUGAUGUGAAA